CCGGCCGGGCGGCGGGCUCGGGGCGCGCAGCCCCGCGGUGCGGUGCGGUGCGGAGCGGUGCGGAGCGGUGCGCGCAGCCCCGCGACGCGGCGCGGGCCCCGGCCGCCCCCGCUGGGGCAGCGCAGGUGCUGGAGACGCUGCGGCCCCGCUGCCCCGUGGAGGCCAUGGCGCUGCUGCUCCCGGGACCGGCACCGCUCCCGCUCGCCAGCCUGGGCGUCCUGCUCCUGGUCACUGCUCUCCCUGCCGACGCCGGGCUUUCGCAGAAGCAUGUUUCAGACGUUGUUGAUGACAGCAAAGAUAACAUCACCAUUUUCACCCGCAUCCUGGACAGGCUGUUGGAUGGAUACGACAACCGCCUGAGGCCUGGGCUCGGAGAUAGUGUAACCGAAGUCAAGACAGACAUUUACGUGACGAGUUUCGGCCCUGUCUCGGACACGGAUAUGGAAUACACCAUCGAUGUCUUUUUCCGGCAGUCCUGGAGAGAUGAGAGGCUGAAGUUUGAUGGGCCCAUGAAGAUACUUCCCCUGAACAACCUGCUGGCCAGCAAGAUCUGGACUCCUGACACCUUCUUCCACAAUGGCAAGAAGUCUGUAGCCCAUAACAUGACAACACCCAACAAGCUUCUGCGCCUCGUGGACAACGGCACCCUCUUGUACACCAUGAGACUAACGAUUCACGCAGAGUGCCCCAUGCACCUGGAGGACUUCCCAAUGGACGUGCAUGCUUGCCCACUGAAAUUUGGGAGCUAUGCCUACACAAAGACAGAGGUGAUCUACACCUGGACACUGGGGAAAGAUAAAUCAGUGGAAGUAGCAAAGGGUGGAUCACGGCUGAACCAGUACGACCUGCUGGGCCAUGUUGUUGGCACAGAGAUGGUUCGAUCCAGCACAGGGGAAUAUGUGGUCAUGACUACGCACUUCCACCUCAAGAGGAAGAUCGGGUACUUUGUGAUCCAGACGUACCUGCCCUGCAUCAUGACGGUCAUCCUGUCGCAGGUCUCCUUCUGGCUAAACAGGGAGUCUGUUCCUGCCCGAACCGUUUUUGGUGUCACCACCGUCCUCACCAUGACCACCCUAAGCAUCAGCGCAAGAAACUCCUUACCUAAAGUGGCGUACGCGACGGCCAUGGACUGGUUCAUAGCCGUCUGUUACGCCUUUGUGUUUUCUGCGCUGAUCGAAUUUGCCACUGUCAACUACUUCACCAAGCGCAGCUGGGCUUGGGAUGGCAAGAAGGUGCUGGAGGCCCAAGAGAUGAAGAAAAAAGAGCCAGUGGCAUUAGCAAAGAAAACCAACAACACCUACAACAUCGUUGGCACCACAUAUGCCCUCAACAUUGCUAAGGACCCUGGCCUGCCCACCAUCUCCAAGAGCGCUGCUGCCACUGCUACUGCCUCCAACAUACCCCCCAAGAUGCCCCGCCUAGAGGAGAAGCUCCCGGAGAGUAAGAAGACAUACAACAGUGUCAGCAAGGUAGACAAGAUGUCUCGCAUCGUCUUUCCAGUCCUCUUUGCCAUUUUCAACUUAGUCUACUGGGCCACAUACGUAAACCGGGAGUCAGCUAUCAAGGGAAUGAUUCCCAAACAAUAAAACCGGUCACACAAACCUUCCAUCAGUGAGCACCAUCCAGGCAGGAAUUCUCCAGGGCUUUUUUCUUUCCUGUUUUGUUUUAUUAUUAUUGUUUAUUUGAUAUUAUUACUAUUAGAUCAUUCUUUUUUAAUGUAAACAAAAUUGUGAUUUUAAUUUAAUCUCGUAUACAUAUAGUUUCAUUUAUUUUGUCUCUGAUAAUGAAAGGAAAACAAGGAUCAUAACAAGUUGUGCCUCUAACAUCGUGAGUCUGAUGUCCCCCAUCCAUCCAGGUCACCCUUGCUUCCAUCUCUUCUCCUCCACCUUGUGCCUGAGUGCCACCCAUUCCCAUUCCACGCUACACUGUGCCAAGGCCUGCUGGUGUGACUUGCCUCCCUCCUGCUCUUCUGCAAUGGACUGCCCUAGUGUGGAUGCUCCUGGUGACUCGAGCUCAAGGAUGAGGAGGCCUCCAAAGUCAGCUUGUCAGCUGGGUUGGUCUUCAGCAUCUGGCGCUUUACACCAGGUUUUACUUCCUGGGCAGCAGCCGUGGUUGCAGGUGAGCUGGGCUGUGUUCAGGGAACUGUGCUGCACAUGCUGGCAUGUAGCCAAGUGCCUGUUGUGGACGAUCCAGCAACUGUCAGGUAUUGUGGAGCCCCUGCAAGGGUGGAGCGGGGUGGCAGUGUCUUGUAGGCAUCUACAGGGCUUCCUCCUCUCUGUCUUCACCAAACCUAGCUGCAGGUUUCCUCCAUCUCUCUACCCAGACAAGAAUAGGUGAGGAAGGUCAUGUCUGUCUGCCAUCCUGGACUCUUGGGGCAAUUCAUGUUAGAGGAUGGGGUGAUUCCUACCAGAGGAAUAUUUUUCUCAGGAUUAGUCAGUGAUAGGAGUCAAGAUGGGAGUUUCCCAAUGCCUGGGAGAGGAUAUAAGCUGUGAGGGUGCAUGCAUUCAGCAUCAGAGCUGGAAGACAUAGAGCUCAUGUUCUGAUGGGCAGUUUUUUUACUUUCUUUUGGCCGUAUCCACUUGUCCUUGUUGACAUCUCUUCUCUGCCCCAGUCCCCUCUUCUACCCUCCCAUUCAUCUUCCUUCCUUUGGCUGCUCAGCAGUCCUCGGUACUAAUCUCACUGCUUGCAGGUGCGUGUAGGCAGUGAAGCACCUGGCCUCUGAGGUUAGCCACACUGAUGGGGAGGAGCACAGCCCCAACGAAGUUCAGCUCACAGAGCGUUUUUGCUCUGGAUCCCUGGAGCAGCAGUGAUGUUGGUGCAGGCUAGGAAAGAUGUAGGCUCUUCCCAGCCUAGGGGACAGGGGCAACCUCGGGGCCACUCUGCUGCCAGUAGGGGAUUAGAGAGGGAUGGGCGGUCCCCAAAGACCUACCUGCACCUGGUGAACCCAAUGUAGCUGAGCAUCCUCCAUGCCAUGUCAUGACAGGAGAAGGGGCUUUUUUAACCAGGAGGAUGAUUCUGCUGUCCCUAAGAGCUGCAUAAGCCAGGUGCCAUCCCACAAAGCCACUGAGAUGAGACCCACAUCUAAAACCUGCAAACUCUUCCCAGAAAAGCCUUCCAGUGCCUUGGAGAGAGGCUUUUUCUCCCUUCACAGCCACCACAUUGCUGAGACUUGAACCAGCAGUGCCCCCUUCCAGGCACAGCACUGGGACGGGGGGAUCCAGGCUGUCUGCCCUCCUCCCUUCCUCACUGGUGCCUGGACCCAGGAGCACAGUGUCCUGCCACAGGGAAUUACGUGCUGCAUCUGGUGAGCACUUGUCUCAGCCCACAGGCAGUGCUGGUCCUGUGUGACCUCUCUGAGCCUCAGGCUGCCCCAUGAACUCUCCCAGCACAUUUUGGGUGCCUGCAGCCAGCCUGAGACCCCAGCACCCCCAAAGUGGUGUCUUGGGCAUUGCUCUGGGCCCCUGCACCAGGCUCGGUUUCACCCUUCCCAUAGGGAAGCAGGAUGGAGCGCAAGACACAGGAUUCACCCCACUGGAGCAUCCAUGGGGACAGCAGGAUGGCGCAGGGCAGGCGGGGCACCAAGUCCUCCCGUGAGGAUGAUAUUCGUGCAUGUCCUCCUGUCUCUUACCUCGCUCACUGGCUCAGCAGCAGUGCAGCUGCCCUCCCUCCCACGAGGAGCAGGGCUGGGAGACUCUUAGCUCUGACUCGCCGCUGUGUCCAGUCUGAGAGCGCGUCCACGCCAGCGGGCAGCAGUGGGUGAGCGGGGGCAACUACCCACAAGCUAAAGUGACCAGCUACCCUCACCCCAUCUCCCCAUCACCUCCCCUUGCAUCCACACCCCAAACCGCCUGUGACAUUUCUGCAGUGCCUUUCACCGGGGGCUCCUGCGAGGGCUCGCCAACCCCCUGUGCGCGGCGGGGAAGGCCGGCGAGCUCUGCCCUGCGUGCUGCAGCAUGGGCAAUGCAGGUCCGGAAAGCAGAGGGAGGGCGCGUGGUCCCCGGCAGCAAGCCUGCAAGCAGCCGCCCGGAUGGGGGUCACACCGCUGCUUUUGCGCCCUGGGGUGCCCGGACCUCCAGGCACUGGCCCCCGCUGCUGCUGCCGCUGCUCCGUGCCGCUGUGCACCAGCACCAGCACGGCUGCCCAGCGCCGAGGCUGUGUGUGUGCCGAGUCCCGGGCACCAGCUCCCCGUCCCCCUCCAGGAGCGAAGGCUAUUGCUGCCACCGUCUGGCUUCGGGGCUCUCCGGGCAGUAACCGCUACGCUUACCGGCCACGAGGCAGUUCGUUUCGGAAACUACUGGGAUGUCAUUUUCUUAAAUAACGUAGAUGAAGUGUAUCUCAUAAAACAUUCAUGUCACUAUAAUACUCAGGCCUAAGUGAAUGAAAUAGAAACCCUAUAAAAAGCAAAACAAACACAAUAAAGUGGUAACAAAGAGUAUAUUGUGUUUACUAACAGAAUUAUAUCAAAUGCAAGUUUAAAGAUGGGAUCCAGUGACCUAGCUGACUUACACAGGCCUUGGAGCAGCUAGCAGUCUCCUCUGCUAGCCUGGCCAUCCCCCAAAAUCCCCUCUGACUCGAGGCCAAGUCCUGCCGCGUGUUGCCUCGCCACGUGCGUGCCUGCUGCCGCCAGCGGUACCUGCUGCAGGUGUCUUUUGAUGCCUGCUUGGCAGAGCUCCCCUUAUUAGCAGGUCUUCCCGGUUGCUGCCCAGCAGCCCAGGUGUGCCCUGCUCCUGGGCGCUGCUCUCCCGCCCGGCCAGCGCCACAGCAGGGCCGGUGCCGGGUGCCUCUCGGUGGAGAUGCUGCGGGAGCCCUGCGGCUGGGUCUUUCUGCAAGGUGUCAGGGCACAUUCCCAGGACAGAUUUUGGGCGCUUUCCCUAACUAGGGGUGAUCUUUGCUAUUUCAGCUGUCAAGGUGAAUUUCCUACCUGUCUCUUACACUCAUCCUUUUCUCCUGGUGUUUUCAAGCUCCAGAACACAUAGCACAGCCAUCUACCUGGCUUGCUGGUGAUACACAUCUGCUCUCUCCUCUUUGUUCUCCCUGACUCUGACAGCGUUGCUCUCUGCCUGAUAAAAGGCUCACUUCCCGGAUCUGUGCUAGCACUAAUUGAAAGCCAAGUCUAUUCCGACCAAAGCCUGGCACUGGCUCUGAGCCUUUUUGCCAGCUGGAAGCAGAAAUACUGGCAUCCUUUGGUUAGAAAUAACAAACCAAACAGGAUUUGUCGUUUGGCUUCCAAACAGGGAAGCAUUUCGGGAAGAUAGUUAUAAAUAAAUGGUUUAACAUCUCCUGCCAGCAGAAAUCACAGAGAAGAUAAUGUUCUUUUUUUUAAAUCUCACAGAGGCUCAAAUUGGGACAUUUCCUUUCCAGCUAACAGUAGGCUGUUGAUGGGCUCUUUUUCUAAGGGAACUCCAGGUCAGAGCUAACCUAGCAUAAGUUACUGCUGUUUAUACCUUGUUAUGAUAGUAUUUUAGGGCUCCAUUUUUGUAAUUGGUACUAUAUAUGGAUAGAUCUGUACACAGCUGUUGUUGAGAAGGGUUGAUAGCCUAAGCCACAGCCAGCCAGCUGUGCAGUGGGAAUUUCAUUUCCCCACGAACCUCGAUACUCAAAUGUUUAUUUUUCUUCUGACAAGGCCCAAAGACUUCCUGACUUUAUGAGAUUCUUCUGGAAAAGAAUUAGAAGUCUUUGAAGGUGAUCAAAACGAUCUGUUCAGUCUGCACUCCUAUAUUUUAACUUCUACUGUCUGAAUAAGCAUAGUCCAAAAACAAAGUUGCAUUCUAAUUCCCUGGAACAGAAGACAGUGCUGAAAGGAAAAGUUGGAAUGUUUCCUUGUGAAAAAUGUCAAAUGGCCGUUUAGGCAUUGGCAGCCUGCCUCUGUUCUCCUCUGAAACAGCACACUGGCAAGAGCAGUGGCACGGAGGACUUUGCUUUUGGGAGCUCUGUGCUCCCGGGGAGGUAGGGGACAGUUCAGCUGAAGCUCUCCUAGCAGGCAGGGAAGGCAGCAUGUGGUGGCUGCAAGCGCCGUGUUAGUGCUGUGAUAUUUCUGAGGGGUGACAGGAGAGAAGCAGUCCCUUAGUGCCACCCUUUCUUCCAGAGGGCUCAUUAAGUUAUCCCUCCCCACCCCCAUGCAACUUCUCUCAAAAAGCUUCUUGAAUGUCACAGAGCAUGGCUUCAUCACCCGAGGCAGAGCUUUCCAGUUCUCCUCCACACUCACCAUGAGCAAAGCCAGCUUUGCCACUACUGAGGUUUUUCAAAGAAGUAUCAUGGCCAGAACAUCUCACCCCAGUCCCGAUCCCCACCAGCUUUGUGGCACUGGAGGGAGACCUCCUCCGUUUGCUGUAGGACCUUCCCCCAUGGGAGCAGACCCCACGCUCGCUGUUCACAGACGUAAGCUAGGCAUGCAGACAAGGGCUCCAACCAGUCUAUUUCUGCAAGUAGCACAUCCUAUGGGUGCGCGAGACAUUCAUUUCUCAUCUGCUGCCUCGACUUCUGUUGUCCGCAUCUUGGAUUCUUUUUGGCUGUCCCCGAGGGGUGAUUAUAAAACUGCAUCAGAUAUCAGGAAGGUGUUUCUCUUGCUCCAGAUCAUCUUGAGUGGGAAGACCCUCCAUUCUGCUAAGAACCUCUACCGAAAUCUUCAGAAACCUGGAGCUUUGCCUCUCAGAGCAGCCCAGGCCAAGCUGGGAGACCUGGGGAGAGGAGAGGAAGGGCUGACAAAGGCGCUUUCCAGGGGAUAUGCACCUGCUUUCUGAACAGCUAGAAAGGCAGAACUGUGUGAAGGGUGGCAGUGCUGUAAAAAUGGCCUCUUUGCAGUACAAUGUGUGCAUAAGGCAGUUGGAGGAAUAGAGCAAUUUAAUGUACAAUACUGUUAAAGGAAGGAAUAUGUUCAAAGGAGAGCUGCUGCUUAAGACAGUGGCGGCACUUGGCCAGCUUGCUGGGUGAUGCUGUUAGCGGGAGAGGUGAGGGGACGGGGGGCUGCCAGUGGCCUGGCUCAGGGAAGGGCUGGCGGGUGCUUGCUGGCCGUCCCGCUCUGCGUGUGUGGCCCCAUGGGGAGUGGUGGAGAGGCUGGAGUGGGCUUUGGGACAAGACCCCCCAAGGCAAACAACAGCAAAUUCUGCAAAUUCUGUGUGUCCCUGGGGCCACGCUUUGCCCCCUUCCCCAAAUAUCUGUGUGUAUUUUGGAGGCUGGAGAAGAGGGAAGCAGCAUUUCCCUGCACCCUUGGUGGUCGCUGGGGGUGGGGAGAGCUCAGCCAAGGCGAGAGGCUUGUUCAUGCAAAUGUAGAUGCUCUAUUAAUGCCAGCAUAGGGGCAAACAACCCAAACGGCAACAAUUCACCAGUCCUCUCUCCAUAUCAAGCUAAACUGCUCCUGAAGGCAUUUUUGGCAAGAGGCCACUGCACAGAUGAGUUUGAUGGCUUCAAGGUAUAACUAUUUACUGUUUGACCAUGUUAUUGUUCAGUCAGACAAGGGUUUUUACAUAUGUGUGUGUGUCUUUACGCUCACAAACCUUUUAUAUCUAAAAAUCAAGCUGUUUUCUCUUUGGAAAAGAAAACAGUCACUUUUAAUUAUUCUACUUGCCUCUCAUUCUCCUUACUAAAUCUUCUGGAAAGAGGUGUCUCCUCAGCAGCUUCUCUCCCUCUGAGCUGGCCUUCAAACUGCUUUGGGGGCCACUGGCAGUGAUGGAGCGAGGGAGAGGAGGUACAGUGGUACCUGGCAGUGGCUUGCUGCCCGGGACCAAGGUCGCUGCUGGCAGCGCUACUGAGCAGCUCUUAGGAAAUGUAGUGGCACGUGCCACAGCUUCUCCCGACACUGCCCAUUUGUCCGUGGCCUGGACACUAGGAUGUUCCCUGGAUGCAGCAGGACUUUUGAAUGCCUUGAAUGCCAUAAGCAACUAGGUGUUGUGUGCAACUGAGUGUUGCAAAGGGCUUUUAGCCCGCAGUGGCAGGCUGGGUCUCCACCCUGUGCCCGUUUCAGGAGGGAGCAGAGCACCUCGCUGGACCUGUUUCAGCCUCCGCGUCGCCAGAGGAACGCCGCGGCUAGGGCCGGGGCUGGCGCUUGGGCUCUUCUGCGCAGGGGACAGCGAAAGAGAAAUGCUGGCACCAUUUCCUUGGCUAUAGUUCCUCCUGGUACGGCUCGUCGAGGUGUGACAUGCCAGUGGUAGCUACUCUCCCAAGCUGGUGUGCUUCCUCUGCACGUGGCUUCACGGCCUGGGCAGCACCUGGGCCCUGUGGAGAGGGGCUGCUCCCAACCCAGGGAGAGGGGCUGCUCCCAACCCAGCAGCACGCGUUUCCUCCCGUGUACACGGGAGCAGCAUGUAACGCUACAAUUGCUGCCCACGAAGGUGGCCGGGAACAGGUAAACACCCAGAUCGGGCAGACAGCGAGACAGAGCAGCCCAAGCGGCUGUGUGGCAGCAGCCUGCCGGUCCCCAGGCGCCCCAAAGCGGUCCCUCACGCACUGCGGUUGGGCUAGCUCUGAGCCGCGCCUCUGAUCCCUGGGUCCAUGGGCUGUUUCUGCUGGCCUAGCUGCAAGGGCUGGUGGUUUCUGAAGUCUGCUCUGCUCCAAGAACUGUGUGCCUUGUCCUCCCAGCCUCCUUCAAACCCCAGGUUUUCUCUCCUUCAUCCUUUUCUGUUCCUCAGUUUAAUCUCCGCUUGUUCCUGCACCCGUUCUCCCCCUCCCCAUUUAGUAUGCUUUGUUAUAUCCGGAUUCACCCACUCAUUUGUUCAUCGUUUCUCUCCUUCAGCAACAGCCCACCCCAGUCCCUGCAAGAUCCUGACCUCACUCCAGAUAGGGGUCCGUGACACCACUUCUCUGAGGCCCUCAGGACAAGUGAGCCUUGCAGCCCCCAGGGUUUGAGGAAGGAGGAGAGAGCUGGGACGGGAGGUUGCUGGGGAAAAGCAUGGGGACCUUGCAAGACCUUCCAGCACUGUUCUAGAUGAUUUGAUGGUGCGUUUACAGCUGCAUGGACCCAAGCACCUCUGGCUGCUCCAUGGGGAGGCAGAAGGGGUUGCACAGGCUGUCUGGAGGAAUGGGAAAGGUGCAGGAAGCAACUCUCCAUCUUGGCCCAAUGACACCUCUGUGCUACUGCACGGCAUGCUUGUGCCAGCUGUGUGCAGCUGUGCGCUGGCCGGCCCUCUAACCCAUGCCAGCUCUUGGUUAUAGAAAUGAAUCAGAUACAAACUGAUGUGCUAAUUAUGGGAAGGGUCAGCAAAAGUGUAGGCCUUUGCUGACAUCGUCUCCUGGACCCACAUCUGAUCUCACUUCAGUGCAAGCAGUGCCAAAGCUAGACAUCAGCACCUGCACGGCCAUGCUGAGUAGUCUGCGUGGGCCACAGGCAGUGAGCAGCAUGCAGUCCCCUAGCAAUGGCACACAGCUCUGCUCCCAAAACUUCCCCUUCAUCUUCUCCCAUCUUAGGGGAAAUGGUUAGACAGUGGCACUGCACCUGCACUCAUAGCUUCUAUGUUCCCUCAUUUCCUGCUGGAGGAAGGCUGUUGUAUUCAACGGCAAUCACCUCCUGUGCCUCAUGGUGUCCCACACGUCAGAGCAAAGAACAUCACCAUCCACAGGCAAAUGAGGCUGGCUCUCUUCCCAGGUCUGCGUGUGCCUGUGUGUCCCGCACCCCCCCCCCCCCCCCCAAUGGGAGUCUGUGCUGCUUUACAAAGCAGAGAUCUUUGGGCUUGGACUAGCCCUAACAUUUGACCUAUAAGCUUUAUCACCACAACCUGGGUUAUGCUGGUUUCUAUUCAGAAGGCUCUAGGCCAAAAUAUGUUUUUUCCAAACACUUUUCUGUUCCCCACUGUCCCAGCCCCCACCUGUGCAGAUCUCUUCUAUGCACAGCUUUAAGGAUCCCGUCUGCCUAGAGAGGGAAGCCUGGUCCCAGCUUUGCUGAAGUGAGCCAGGAUGCUCCCACUGUCUUCGAAGGCUCUUGGCUCUUUGCUGCUGCUGGAAGGUCCUGUCAACUUGAAGAGUCCAUUGGCUCAUUUUAUACUGCUGGCAGCACUCUGUUUCCUCUUAAACGUCUGUCAGUUCCUCCUGUCUGUUUGCAGGGGACCCAGCAACUGUAAAGGCAAUUAUAUAUUGCAUAAUUUGAUUUUACAACCACUAAAAAGUAGGAAUAGAGUUCUGAAACCUGAGUCGUUGCCACAUCCCCUUUGCCAGGUUGUGCUCUGAGUUGAAGGAUUCCUCUCUGCAGGCACAAGAGAGACUCUGAACCCUCCAAAUCUCCUCCAGGCCAUCUUGUCGAGUGGCCACACAUAUCCUUACAUCAAUUAGACCCUCCCAGUUGACUGACUCUGGGAUAUCUGCAGGCAAAUAUCUGAUCUGAAGAUGAUGGCACCAGCCAUUUAGCUGCAGCCCUGGUGUCCCGUGCUGGGAACGCUGCUUGAGCAAACCCUAGGGCAGGCCAUGGCAGGGAAGAACACACUGCAACAAAAUGCCAGAGAACAUGCUCAUUCCACUGCCUCAGGCUGAAGCUGUGCCCGUGUUAUCUGUGCCCAUGUCUUCUGUUUUCUUUUCCAUCUUGUGAGACUCUUCACUCCACUAUGAGAAAGAAUCUAGCCGGCUGCAGUUUAAUGCAUGACAAUCCUGUUACUACACCUGUAAAUAAUUAACAACUAGAGAAAACUGCAUUUUCUAAUUUUUGUUGACUUUAUUUUCUCUAUUGACUAGCUGUUAGCCACUUUCUUAAGGGAUUUCUCAUGGAAACUGUGACCUUUCUAUUUCUCUCUCUUUUCUUCUCCCUCUCUCUUUUUCUCACUCUUUCUCUCUCUCUCUCUGAGGUUAGUGUUUCAAAUGCUUUUUGGUGCAAUGUUCAAUGCCUGUUUGUAUUUUUGAAUUGUAUUUUUCAACCUUUGCUGGAAAAAAAAAUUUGCCCAUUCUAAUUGGCAGGAUUUUGAGUCCUGCAAUUUUUUUCAGCUUUUAGCAUUUUCAGUAAGUUAAAGCAAGAAAAAAAGUCUCAAAAAUUACAGUGAAGUUCUGAAGAGAGAUUAGAAAACAUCAGAAACAAGAACUACAUGAAUGAGCUGAACAAGCUGAGUGGACAAGGAGGACUCUUCUGACCACCUGUUAACCUCCUGAUCAAACACAUAAGGCGGGACUAGACCUCUUCACUGAAUUAAUCACUCCGCUUUUCCACUCUACCCACUCUCUUGAACUCUGAUCAAAACAAAUAAAAAUUCAUAUUUUAAAAAAA